AGACUUCUUAUCAAAGGUACCCAAGUUAAUCAGUAUGUACAAAACAAUAAAGAGUCUGGCAUGGAUUGGUUUCGCUUGGAAUCGAACAAGGAGGGCAUCAAAUGGUUUGGCAAGUGCUGGUAUAUGCAUAAUUUGCUAAAAUAUGAGUUUGAUGUAGAAUUUGAUAUACCUGUCUUAUAUCCAACAACCGCGCCGGAAAUCGCUCUACCCGAAUUGGACGGUAAAACGGCGAAAAUGUAUCGGGGUGGAAAAAUUUGCUUAACAGAUCAUUUUAAACCGUUAUGGUCCCGAAAUGUACCUAAAUUUGGUAUUGCACAUGCUAUGGCCUUGGGACUUGCACCCUGGUUAGCUGUAGAAGUACCUGAACUUAUAGAAAAAGGGAUUAUUACUAAGCAAUAAGAUUUACUUAUUUAAGGAUUUUUGCUCUUUGUCGCGUUUGCUU